CCAAAAUCAUCGUUUCGCGCGCAUCAACAAGUCCGUCAAAAUGGCUAAACUUGUUGGCCCGAAGGAGUCGGACGUUGAUAUUGAUAAAGAAACGCAAGAAAUAUCCGAAAUCUCGCUAACUCAAGCACUAGAAGAUGUUUCUCAACAAGGAUAUGCGCAGUGUAUGGCCCUCCAGCAGAAACAACAAUUGUUGAUAUCUCUCCAGGCCACAUUAUCAGAAAUGGAUGAAAAAGUAGAGGAAACUGAAAUGAAGUUGAAAUCCACUGUGAGAGAGAUUCUUAUCCUGCAGGGUGAGAUGGAGCACAUUCAGCAACACACGCAAGACUUAGUGUCCCGAUCCAUCACUGUCUACAAUGAGAAUGCACAGCUCCAACGUCUGAUUGUGGAAGAGGAAGACAACUACCACUGUGCUCUGGCUGGUUACAACACCUACCGUGACAAGAUGGACGGUCACCGAACUGCCAUUUCACAGGCGGAGAGUCAGACAAGGGCACAUCGGCAGUUGGCAGAGAAGAGGGUUCUGUUCAGAGAGCUCACAGAGAAGAGAGAGCUGCUUAGGGCUGAUCUGGAUAACCCUGAGGGGAUUGCUGUAAAGCAGGAACAGAAAGAGAUGGAUGACAUGAGGGGACAGAUCUCAGCCAAGACCAAAAUGGUGACUGAGAAAAGAGCACUCAUCCUGAAGGAGUUUGAGAGUCACACACUGAUCAAGAAGGAUAUCGAGAUCCAGAACAAACGGUACGAGGCCAUUGUGAGGCGUCUCCACUGCCAGCUGAAGAAAGCCCAAUCCAGCCACAGACAGCUGUCUGAUGAUAUCUGCCACAUGGAGAGAGAGAUCCAGGGCCUCAGGAAAUGUCUCGAGGAGCCAUAAGUAAACAUUCUGCCUCAUUAAACUGUAGUUUUAUUGUAGUAUGUACUAAUGUUAUGACUUCUGCCUAACAUGGAAUCAAUAUGGUUUGCCUUUUCAUAGAGGUUUUACUUUUAUUUAUUUUUUA